AUGGAUAAUUGUAGUUCUGAUGAAUCAGAGAUUACAUAUGAACAAAAUAACAACUCGAACCUGAUAUUCAAUAUUCAAGAUAUUGAAAAUGAAGCUUGUAAAACAUUUUAUAUCCAAGAUAUUACUAGCAAAGCUCCUGAAUUUGAGUCAAUAGUAAUCAAUAACCAGCAAAUAGCUCACAAUUAUGAUCAGAUAUUUGAGAAAAAUAGUAAGUUUGGUCAUAUUAUUGAAGGAAAUAGUGAGUCUAAUCAAAUGUUUGAGAAUAACAUAUUAGAAAAUGAUAAGAUUAGUGAAGAAAUUUGUAGUAAUGACAGUGAACUUAGUGAUAUUGAUAAUGCAGAAUUUCCAAAUACAGCGUAUAGAGAUUUUAUAGAUAUA